AUGAGCUCACAGGACGGCGCUGGUCGCGCAUCUGAGGACAAGAAUGGAGACGGCGUGUACGUGACGAAGAACCGCUCGCUCUUCUCCAUGUGGCUGCACGGCAAGGCGAUUCCAAGCCGUUCUGGUCCGGCCGUGGUGUUCCGCUCGGCCGACGUGAUACAGGAAGGGUAUUUGCUCAAGCAGGGCCUGCGACUUAAAAUGUGGUCCCGCCGCUACUUUAUACUGCGACUCGAGGAGCGACACAUGACUCUAGGGUAUUAUACCAGCAAGGACUCUCUGACUUUAUGCUCCGAGACGCCCAUCGGACCAGGACACUUGUUGGGACACGUCAACACGACCAAAUACCCGCGUCGUCUCGAGUUGCGCUGCGGUACAAAGGUCAUGGUACUCGAGGCGGAGGACCAAAAGUCGUAUGAAGCCUGGAAGAACGCCCUCCAAGAAGCGAUACGCUGGAACCACGCCAUGGUGCCUUCAAAAGACGGCAGUUUUGUCACGUACGGGAAGCAAGCGACCGAGGAUAUAAAACAAGAGGAACGCAGUCGCGCCGAGGCGGCCAAGAAGCUGCGAGAGAAGCAGCGAGCGGACGAGGCCGCCGCCGCCGCCAACGCCGCCAAUAAACCCAAAUAUCUGCCCGCGACACGCCCCGGGACGCAAUGCUUUAUGACAUCGAAUACAAGAUUUGAGAUUCCCUCUCAUUUCGAAUAUGUCAAAACCAUCGGCUCGGGCGCCUACGGAGUCGUCAUCUCCGCUACGAGCUCGCAAACAGGCACCACGGUGGCAAUUAAGAACAUCCAGCGCGCGUUCGACGACCUGACGGACGCCAAGCGCAUUGUACGCGAGAUUAAGCUCAUGCGCCACUUGAACCACAAGUGCGUGCUUGGGGUGGAGGACAUUUUCGAGCCCGUGGCGCUGUCCAAGUUCGAAGACGUGUACAUUGUGUCCCAAUUGAUGGCUACAGAUCUCCACCGCGUCAUCUACUCGAGACACGCGCUGUCGGACGAACACAUCGCCUUCUUCAUGUACCAGAUGCUGUGUGCCAUGAAGUACGUGCACUCGGCCAACGUGAUCCACCGAGACCUGAAGCCGUCCAACGUCCUGGUGAACGCCAACUGCGAGCUCAAGAUCUGCGACUUCGGACUGGCGAGAGGCGUUUUCCCCGAAGAAGAGCUGGAAUUGACAGAAUACGUAGUCACAAGAUGGUACCGAGCGCCGGAGAUCAUGCUGGGGUGUAUGAAGUACACUCGGGAGGUGGACGUCUGGUCCAUGGGCUGUAUCUUCGCCGAGAUGAUGUCGCGCAAGCCUCUUUUCCCGGGACAGGACUACAUUGAUCAGCUGCAUCUCAUCAUGAACGCGCUGGGGGCUCCAAACGACCAGGAUCUCUACUUUUUGAGCAACGCGCGUGCUAGGAAGUUCAUGAACGCCGAGUUCCAGAAGCGCGGACCCAACCCGACGAAGCCUCUGGCGCACAUGUUCGCAGAUUCGCCUCCAGACGCUCUGGAUUUACUGCAGAAGAUGCUGGUGAUUGACCCGAAUAAGCGGAUUAGUGUGGACGAGGCGCUGGCCCAUCCGUACUUGGCUGCGAUCCGGAAUGUGGAGGACGAGACGACCGCCACUUCGAGCUUCGAUUUUGACUUUGAGAACGAGAAAUUGACGAAACCCGUGCUGCAGAGACUGAUCUGGGACGAGAUGAGGCAUUUCCACCCUGAAGUGGGCGACGAGACAGCGACGGAGGGAGAUGACAGCAGUGUCGCUACCACGCAGGCUUCUAUCACACCCGUGACACCUGUGACCCCCGCUACGGUAGAGCAAGACACAACAGAGACGACAAGUGACAGCUCGGACGCCCCUGUCAAGGUAUCGACGCCAACAGCGUCAGAGGAAGCCAAGCCAGAAGACGAAGACGGGGAACAACACAGCACCAAUAGCGACAAGAUCCAUAGGACAGACAAACUGACAGACGCACAGACGCGACAAGAGGCCGGCGAACCAGCUCGGGAAGUCGCAUAA